AUGUCUGUGGAGGGAGACAUUUUCAAAGAGAAAAAAUAUAAAUUUUCGAGAAGAUCUAAUUCCAGUGUCUAUGACAACCAAUACCUUCUCAAAGCUAAUCAAGUGCCUGUCAAUGAAUUCCUUAAACUUAGAAUAAAUUAUGAUGAACAACUUGAGAUUUAGAAAGCUGACAGGAAAAACAAAUUGAUUAGUAAGAAACGAUACAAGGAUUUAACAGCUUAAUAUACUUGUACCAAUAGAGACCCUAGGCUAGUGAUAUAAAAUCAAAAAGCCAACAUAGCUGCCUAGAUAGGCAAUACUAGUUUUAAAAUGGUCAAAUCAUAGAUAGUAGGGAAUCAAUACAGUUCAAGUCAAAUAUCUUAGGCAUCAAAAGAAAGAAAUGUUAGGUUCUAAAAUGGUAGUGCUGUGUCUGAUGUUUUGAGUCAACUAAAUUCAGAAUUACAAAAAUAUACUUAUACAGGCUAAGGCUAUACCCCAAGGAAAAAAGUUAAUAGGAAGAAAUCAUUGAAGUUUCAAGAGAGUAUGAUCCCAGAAAAUGUAUUGAAUAAUAAGCCAGGCUCAAACCAAGCUUUGGAAAGACAUGAAGUUAAAAGGCUAGGUUCAGGCUAGUCUUUAAUCUUCAAAUCUGAGAUUAAGUCUUAUAAUGAUGAUAUAAUCUCAGAAUUAAAUGAUAGAGAAAAUCAUCCAAUGACUAUGAAAAAUCUCCCCAGGAUGAGCUUCUCACCAAAAAACCAAGGCUAAUCCCAAGAAGAAUAAAAUAGCUCAUUUUUCAAGUAGAGAGUUAAUUCUCCAUCUUAGAAAAAUACAGUAAAAAUAAUAGAUCAAAGUGAUUUUAAUAGCCCUAAUAAAUCUUAACAAUCCUCGCCAUUAAACAAUGCUAGAUAGACUCCAAUCAUUCCAUAGAAGCAAUUGGUAAGCAGCUCUUAAGUUGCUGAAGAAUUUUUAUCAUCAGGACUUGGGAAAAAAUACAAGAAAUUGCAGUACUAUAAUUCAUUGAAGUAUUCAAAGAAUUCACCGAGAGGCAAAGAAGUUAGAAUUUUAAGUGCUAAUCCAGACAUUCUUUAAAGAUAAGGAUAAAAUUUCAUAAUUUAAUAAAGAAAAAUGAAAAUGGAAGCUAAUAGAUUAAGACUAUUUUCACCUCAUGAGUAUGCUCUUGGGCCAUUUAGUGAUGAAUAUGUUUUAUCAAAUCAACAUUCUCAAGAAAGCAAUAUGUUUUCAAAUAAUUCUGCACUGAAAAAAAUGAGGGCAUCAUAGGACAAAUCUAAGUUGUAUUCACCUACUUAAGGGGAAAAUGGGCAAUUUUAAUGCUUUAAGCAGUUUGACUAUGAUAAUUGGUUCAUGAAAAAAAUUAGAAGGAUGAAAGAUGUUAGUUUGCUAAAAUAUUAAUGUCAGGACUAUAAAAACAAGAACUACAAUGAGAUGAAGAGUUUCUGUCACAGUAGAAGAGGUUCAAAUUCUAUGAUGAACAACUCUUAGGCUGGCAAUUCAAGCAACAGAUAAAUUUAGAGUAUGGCUAGUAGCCCAAUAAAGCAGCUCAAAGGUAUUUGA